CCUACCUUGCUGCCACCAAAUCCACCUAUUCGGCAAGACGACGCACCGCUUGCUGUACAGACCACGAGCUAUCCGCCAUUGACCUCCUACAGCACCUUGCAAAAUCCCUCAACUCUCAGACUCUCCUCAUCCUCUGCGCGCUCUUUCUCGCCUUCGAAUAUCUUUACGCCAAAAUGGAAGAUCAAAUAGACGUUAAACUCGAGCGUACUUCUCCGGUAGAAGAAAAACCACCCGUCCCUGCUGAAGAGCUCCACUCUGUUAACGAUGUGGAGUGGAUCACAAGGAAGUUGAUCCCAAUUUUGCCGGACCAGGAGGAGCGCGCCUGCGAGAUCUUCCAGUGGGAUAUUAAGGAUUGGAAAGCAUUGGACAAGCGCAUGACUGGACCCGAGUUCGAGAUCGGCGGUUACAAAUGGCGUAUUCUUCUCUUUCCUCAGGGUAACAAUGUUCCUGAACAAGUGGCCGUCUAUCUGGAAUCUGCUGAACCACGGGAGCAACAGGACGCCAACUGGCACAUUUGCGCUCAGUUUGCACUGCUCAUGUCCAACCCGAAUGAUCCAACUGUUUACGUCUCACACUUUGCCCAUCACCGAUUCACUGUCGAGGAGGCCGACUGGGGAUUCACCCGAUUCACCGAUAUUAAAAAGCUGGAGAUUCCAUUGGACCAUCGCGGAUUGCCGCUGGUUGACAAAGGCCACACCGUCAUCACUGCAUGCGUCAGGGUUUACAAUGAUCCAACAGGCGUACUCUGGCACAACUUCAUUAACUAUGAUUCCAAGGCGAUGACAGGAUAUGUUGGCCUGAAGAACCAGGGCGCAACUUGCUAUAUGAACUCGCUGCUACAAUCACUUUUCUUCACCAAUUACUUCCGCAAGGCUGUAUACGACAUCCCAACAGCAGACGAUGAGCCCUCCAAGUCUGUUUCCCUCGCCCUCCAACGGGUCUUCUACCAGCUCGCCACCAGUAACAACUCUGUCGGAACCACCGAGUUGACUCGAUCGUUUGGAUGGAAUUCAUUGGAGAGCUUUAUGCAGCACGACGUCCAGGAAUUUAAUCGCGUUCUUCAGGACAAUUUGGAGGGAAAAAUGAAGGGCACGGCUGCUGAGGGCGCCAUCCAAAAGCUCUUUGUCGGCAAGAUGAAGAGCUAUAUCAAAUGCAUCAAUGUUGACUAUGAAUCAUCCAGAGUGGAAAACUUUUAUGAUAUUCAGCUGAAUGUCAAGGGCUGCAAGACGCUGCGCGACUCAUUCGCGAAUUACAUUGAUGUCGAAACUCUGGACGGCGAGAACAAAUACCAGGCGGAAGGUCAUGGACUGCAAGACGCAAGGAAAGGAGUCAUAUUCGAGACGCUUCCACCGGUUUUGCAUCUUCAGCUGAAGCGUUUCGAGUACGAUAUUGAGAGAGAUGCUAUGGUGAAGAUCAACGACCGACACGAAUUUCCUCUGAACGUGGACUUGGCUGAUUUUGUUGCGGAGGGAGAGGAGAAGCAAAAGGCUGGCCCGGACGGAUUCAAGUAUACAUUGCACGGUGUAUUGGUGCACUCUGGGGACUUGCACGGCGGCCACUACUUUGCAUUGCUCAAGCCUGAACGCGAUGGCAAGUGGUACAAAUUCGACGACGACCGUGUCACAAUAGCGACGAUGAAGGAAGUCCUAGAUGAGAACUAUGGUGGCGGAGAGCCAUUGGAGAAUCUUACAGGAAUGACCGUCGCUAUGCGUCAAAUGAACCGCCACAAGCGCUUCACAAACGCCUACAUGUUGGUUUACAUUCGCGACAACGCCAUGGACGAGGUUCUCAAGCCUCUUACUCCCGCCGAUACACCGGAACAUCUGCAGCGUCGUUUGGAAGAUGAGCGUAUUGUCCUGGAGAACAAGCGGAAGGAACGGGAUGAGUCACUGCUUUACUUCAGCGCACGCGUUAUUUCGGAUGUCGAUUUUGCAGCUCACAGCGGAUUUGAUCUGUUCAGCCCACUUUUGCCGAAUGCUGGAAAGACCCUGAAAGUGAGGAAGCUGGAUACGUUUGCCACCUUCAGAGAGGUGGUAGCAAAGAGCUAUGGACGUACUGAAGAGCAGAUCCGAAUCUGGACCUUGGUGAAGCGACAGAAUGACACUGUUCGUACCGAUCUCUCUAUCCCAGAUUCGGAUUUGAAUGCCACAAUGGAAUUUAUCAAAGAAAAGUACGGCACCCGUGCCCAACCUGAUCUGAAGUGCUAUGUGGAAUUCAUUGACCAGCCCUCAGGAUCACCCAACAGCAAGCCCGCGCCAUUCUCAAACGAGGUUCAGAAUGGUUCCAUUAUGAUCUUCACCAAGUACUACGAUCCAUUCUCAGCCAAACUGGAGGGCGUUGGAAAGCUUUAUGUCCAAAAGACAGCAAAGGUCGGCGAUAUUGUGCCCAUUUUGAACGAAAGGAAGGGCUUCCCUGCCAACACGCCUUUGAAGCUUUUUGAGGAAAUCAAACCUACGAUGAUCGAACCCAUGAAGAUGAAGCUGACUUUCCAUCAGAGUGAAAUCCAAGGAGGCGAUAUCAUUGUGUUCCAGAAAGAGUUGACACCGAAAGAAGCCAACGAUCUUCGAGAGCAGAAUGCAAAGGCUUCGAUUCCUCAAUACUUUGACUACAUUUACAACAGGGUUGUAGUAGACUUUAAGCCAAAGAAUGACGAGGACGGAACUCUUCAGACUUACUCGAUCGAACUGAGCAAGAAGAGCACCUAUGACCAAGUGGCACAGAAGCUAUCUGAGAAAUUGGGAGUGGAUCCUCUGCAUAUCCAGUUUACGUCUGCAUCUUCGCCCAGUGGCCUUCCAAAGAACACAAUCAGGAGGGCGACGAAUUUGCACUUACAGGAGAUGCUUUCACCAAGCUAUGUCCACCAGGCUGUUUCUCAAAACAUUCUGUAUUACGAGAAGCUGAACAUCAGUAUCGUGGAGCUCGAGAGCAAACGUUUGGUGAAGGUGACAUGGCUCGGCCCCACCAUGAAGGAUGAGUCGACGCACGAGCUGCUGUUGCUCAAGACUAGCACGUUGAGCGCACUAGUGGACGCUCUUCUUCAGAAGGUGAAACUGGAUCCGAACGGAACCCAGAAGUUACGCACGUUCGGUGUGUUUAACGGAAAGCCGAUCAAAGAGUAUGGACCCUUGGACCCUAUCAGUUCUAUACACGACUCGCUCCCAAUUUAUGUUGAGCAGAUCCCAACGGAUGAACUUGAUCGCAAGGACGAUGAGCAGAUUAUUCCAUGCUUCCAUUUCCAGGGCGAUGUGUCUCGUACGCAUAGCAUCCCAUUCCGGAUGGUCAUCAAGGAGGGCGAACCGUUCAGCGAACUGAAGGCACGCAUCCGUGCAAGACUCGGUAUGAACGAGAAAGAUUUUAGCAAAGUCAAGUUUAUCUUGUACCAGUCCACCAACAAAAUUAGUGCCUUGAAUGACGAUGAUAUUCUUUCGGACGCGGAACUUGGACCAGGAGAUGCCAUUGGUUUAGAUCAUAUCGACAAGAGCGGAAGGAGCAACCGUUUGGGACUAGAGAAGGCCAUUACCAUCAGAGGAUAGAGCGCCGCAUUACCUCUGAAGAGAAAGGCGAAGAAUCUGCACUAGAAGAAAUGAAGGAGCAGAAGAACCCCUAAUAAAUCCGCAACAG